UACUAUCAGCACAACAUGGCAAUUAAAAAUAAAACUGUCAAUCCAAAAUUACAUUUUCUCCUUAUUAUAACAGAUGAAUCAAGGCCCAAACCAAAGGCUUUUGCACCACCCAUAGCUGUUCCAAAGAUACCAGAGGGAGAUAAGGUGGACUUUGAUGACAUCCACAGGAAGCGUCAGGAGAAAGAUCUGUCAGAGCUGCAAUCUCUGAUCGAAGCCCACUUCAUUCAGAGGAAGAAGGAUGAGGAGGAGCUCAUCGCUCUUGUUAACAGGAUUGAGAAGCGUCGUGCUGAGAGGGCUGAACAGCUGAGGAUCCGCACUGAGCAGGAGAAGGAGAGGCAGGCUCGUCUCGUUGAGGAAAAAGAGAGGAAGGAACAGGAGGAGGCUCGUAAGAAGCAUGAGGACGACACCAAGAAGAAAAAGGCUUUGACCAACAUGACCCAACAAUACGGUGGUCAGCAAAGGCAAGAUGGAAAGAAGGGAGCAAAGAAGCAAACGGAAAGAGAAAAGAAGAGAAAGAUCCUGGCAGAGAGGAAGAAACCACUCAACAUUGACCACCUCAACGAGGACAAGCUGAAGGAGAAGGCCAGUGAGCUGUGGCAGUGGCUGAUGAUGCUGGAGGCGGAGAAGUUUGACUACACUGAGCAGCUAAAGAGACAGAAGUAUGAUAUCAACCUGCUGCAGAAUCGGGUCCAGGCCACCCAGAGCGCCAAAGGAAGAGGCAAGGCCAAAGGCAGGGUGAGAUAGACGGGUGAAACCUGCCUGUCAGAUGCCGGAACAGGAGCAGCGGUGUUCGUCGAUGCAGAUAACUUGUACACAGAAAUAAAGACACUCCUAUGCCCUCUGUGGGUGUUUUUUUUUUCUCCAUUCAGAUCCAACAAAUGGCAAUAAAACACCUCUUUAUUUGUUGCUUCAUACAGAUUUCACAGCUAGGCAGCCAAUGUAAACUUAAAUAACAAUAAAUAAACCUGAUGGCAACAGUGACCUGCUAUACAAUACAG